AUGGCUUGGGCCAUUCACAUCAGUGACAUGCAUAAAGCCUAUUCAUUCAUUCAGGUAUGGAACAAGCACCAGGACGAGCUGUUCACAGCGGCAGCGGGAAAGCAACUGACCAUCGCUGGCGAUGGGAGAGCGGAUUCUCCUGGACACUGUGCCAAAUAUGGCACGUACACCAUGCUCGACACCGACCAGAACAAGGUUCUUCAUGUGGAAACUGUGCAGUGCAAUGAAACCGGUGGGAGCUACCAUAUGGAGCUAGGAGGCCUCAGGAGGUCACUCAAUAUAUUCGAGGCUCACUCCCUGAUUGUAGGCGUCCUGGUGACAGACAGGCACCCCCAGCUGAAUGCUUGGUUGGCACGGGUGCAUCCUGACAUCUGCCACCUUUUCGACUGCUGGCAUGUGGGAAAGGCCAUCAAGAAGAAGAUGGUAGCAGCUGGCAAGUCACUGCACGCAGAGGAGCUGAGCUCCUGGAUCAAGGCGGUUGUCAACCACCUGUACUGGUGCGCCGGGACAAGUGCCGGGAACCAAGACCUGAUCCUGGCAAAGUGGAAAUCCCUGGUGGCACAUGUGGCAGAUAUACAUUCCCACCCUGACCCUCUCUUCCCAGAGUGUGAGCACAGACAGCUGCACAAGAAGUGGCUACAGGAAGGCUCUCCUGCUCACCACAAGCUGCAGGAAAUUGUGCUGUCCAAACACCUUCUCCAAGACAUCCCUCGACUUUCCACAUCAGCGCAGACUUUUGCAACCGAGUGCUUCCAUAGCACUCUGUUGCAGUUUGCACCAAAACAGGUGCACUUCAGCUUUCGCAGCAUGAAGGCAAGAACCUACCUGGCGGCUUUGCACCACAAUGCAAAUGCGGGGAGGCCCCAAGCAGUCACCAAGGGUGGGGACCUGCGGUGGGCGGUCAAGUAUCCGAAAGCUAGGAAGGGGCCUGUAGUUUCUGCGCGCAAGACUGACGGCACCUAUGGGUAUCUGGAGGAGCUAAUGGCAGUUGUGCUGGACCUCUGCACAACCAUGCCGUCCUACAGGGCCGCUGCUGCAGCGUACAGCCAGGAUGCACCUCCAUUUCUCUCAAGUGCCUAUGAGCAUGAGGACAAGCAGGUGCUGGUGGAGCGCCACUGCUCUAGGUUUAACCUGUAG